UAUUUGUGGCUUUCCCAUCGCCACAGGAGCUGCAUCCAGGCUCAUCUCAGGAUAUGACAGUUAUGGUAACACAUGUGGCAAGAAUAACACUCAGAAGAUUGAGGGGGUGCCUCUUAGUGGCCGGGACAUGACGGAAAACAAGUAUGUUUUCUUUCUAGACCCUUGCAACGUUGACUUGAUUAACAGGAAAAUCAAGUCCAUCGCCCUGUGUGUCUCCAAAUGUCCUGCUGCCGAACUCACCACUUACAGUGACUUGAAGCAGUUUGCUCUGCAUAAUGGAUCUCAUCUCUGCGCCUAUGAUAUUACUCCUACAAGAUACACGAGCCAUUCAGAAAGAUCCAGCAAAUGUCCCAAACUCCCUGUUCCCCCGAGUAAGCCUGUCCCACUGCUCCACCGCUGUAUUCCUGUGGACGUCGGCUGCUAUGCUGAAUUCGCCCAGGCGUUUAUCACAUUUGUCAGUGACAACACUGUGCUGCGGCGGGUCGUCGCUGGGGUCAUGGCCAGCAAGGAGAUCAUCAUGGGCCUCUGCGUGCUGGCUUUAGUCCUGUCCCUGAUCCUGAUGGUUGUCAUUCGUUACAUCACCAAAGUUCUUGUGUGGAUUCUGACAAUUCUGGUCAUCAUUGGCUCUAUAG